UUGAAUUACGUCAAGGAUAGCCUGUGCUUGAUUUACUUGUAAUAUUUCGUCCAUUUGCUGCAUAUUUCAAGAUCGAGGAAUUUGAGCCAUUGGUCUUUAACUUCAUCAAUUCUGUCGUCCCCGGAAAUCGGUUUAUAUCCGAUCGUAGGCGGAGAAGGGCCGGUUUUCUAGAGCCGGCUUUUUUUCAAACCAGAACUUCAAGCUGCGUGGUCUCCGUUAGAUCACCACACCUAACGCGGAGUCCUCCAGAAAAAUACCAAGAUGGCGGCAAAAGAAGGAACAAGUUCGCUUCCUGAUUGGGUGACCUUGUUUGACAAUGCCCAAAAGAAGGCAGAAAAGGCCCCUGCUGGAGGAGAUGCCCCUCCCAAGGCAGAGAAGGAGAAGGGAGGGAAGAACAAGAAGCGCCUCUCUGUGGAGCGGAUCUACCAGAAGAAGACUCAGCUGGAACACAUCCUGCUCCGUCCCGACACCUACAUCGGAUCUGUGGAACAUCUCACACAGAACAUGUGGGUCCAUGACGGUGAGGAUGUGGGUCUGGUGAAUCGCUCCAUCACCUUUGUUCCUGGUCUCUACAAGAUCUUCGAUGAAAUUCUCGUGAAUGCUGCUGACAACAAGCAACGGGAUCCAACCAUGAACAUGAUCAAGAUCACCAUCGAUCCAGCUGGAGAGAACUGUAAGAUCUCUAUCUGGAACAACGGAAAAGGCAUCCCUGUUGUCAUGCACAAGGAACAGCAGGUAUAUGUCCCCACACUCAUCUUCGGGCACCUUCUCACAUCCUCCAACUACAACGAUGAGGAAAGGAAGGUCACAGGUGGAAGAAACGGUUAUGGUGCCAAGCUGUGUAACAUCUUCAGCAGCGAGUUCAGUGUGGAAACUGCAUCCAAGGAGGAAGGCAAGAAGUUCAAACAGACCUGGAAGAGUAACAUGGGCAAGGCCGGGGAGCCCAAGAUCCAAGACUACCAUGGCGCAGACUUCACUUGUGUGACCUUCAAGCCCGACCUUCCAAAGUUUAAGAUGGACCGCCUGGAUGACGACACAGUUGCGUUGCUAAGGCGGCGAGCGUACGACAUUGCUGGUUCGACCAAGGGUGUCAGGGUUCUCUUGAAUGGAGAAAAACUGCCCGUUACGUCAUUCCGCCAGUAUGUGGACCUGUACCUGAAGGGGAAGACAGACGAGAUCGGCAACCCUCUGAAGGUUGUGCACGAGGUCGUCAACCCUCGCUGGGAGAUCUGCGUGGUGCAGAGCGACAAGGGCUUCCAGCAAGUCAGCUUCGUCAAUAGUAUCGCCACCACAAAGGGUGGACGACAUGUUGACUACGUAGUGGACAAGCUGACUGAUAAACUGAUUGAGGUUGUCAAGAAGAAGAACAAGAGCGGCAUCCAGGUGAAGCCUUUCCAGGUGAAGAACCACUUGUGGGUAUUCGUCAACUGCUUGAUCGAGAACCCGUCCUUCGACUCCCAGACCAAAGAGAACAUGACCCUGCAGGCCAAGAAGUUCGGUUCCCAGUGCACCCCUACUGACAAGUUCAUCAAAAGUGUCCUGUCCUGUGGUGUAGUGGAGAGCAUCAUGAACUGGGUCAAGUUCAAGACUCAGACACAGAUGAACAAGAAGUGCAGCGGCACGAAGGCCACACGACUGAAGGGCAUCCCCAAGUUGGACGAUGCCAACGAUGCAGGCACCCGCUACUCGAGGGACUGCACUCUGAUCCUUACUGAGGGAGACUCAGCCAAGACUCUGGCUGUGUCUGGUCUGGGUGUGGUGGGGAGAGACAAGUUUGGGGUCUUCCCACUCAGGGGUAAACUUCUCAACGUCAGAGACGCUACAGCUAAACAGAUCAUGGAGAAUGCUGAGAUCAACAACGUCAUUAAGAUCAUGGGCCUGCAGUACAAGAGGAAGUACGAGUCUGAAGAAGACAUGAAGUCUCUACGCUACGGCAAGAUCAUGAUCAUGACAGAUCAGGAUCAAGACGGUUCCCAUAUCAAGGGACUCCUGAUCAACUUUAUCCAUCACAACUGGCCAUCGCUGCUCAGACUACGCUUUCUGGAGGAGUUCAUCACUCCCAUCGUCAAGGUCAGCAAGAACAAGCAGGACCUGUCCUUCUACAGCCUUCCCGAGUUCGAGGAGUGGAAAUCAGAAACAAGCAACUGGCACACAUGGAAGGUCAAGUACUACAAAGGUUUGGGUACGAGCACGUCUAAGGAAGCAAAGGAAUACUUCGCAGACAUGCAACGUCACCGCAUUCCUUUCAAGUACAACGGACCUGAGGACGAUGCUGCUGUGGAUCUGGCCUUCAACAAGAAGAAGGUUGACAACCGUAAGGAGUGGCUGACCAACUGGAUGCAGGACAGGAAGCAGCGACGAGAGAUGGGCCUGGGCGAGCAGUUCCUGUACGGCAAGGACACCAAGUACCUCACCUUCAACGAGUUCGUCCACAAGGAGCUGGUCCUCUUCUCCAACUCCGACAACGAGAGGUCCAUCCCCUCCCUGGUGGAUGGCCUGAAGCCCGGCCAACGCAAGGUGCUGUUCACGUGCCUGAAGCGUAAUGAUAAACGGGAGGUGAAGGUGGCGCAGCUGGCUGGUUCUGUGGCAGAGAUGUCUGCGUAUCAUCAUGGAGAGACGUCGUUGAUGGGAACCAUCAUCAACUUGGCGCAGAACUUUGUGGGCAGCAACAACGUGAACCUGCUGCAGCCCAUUGGUCAGUUUGGUACGAGGAUCCACGGCGGCAAGGACGCUGCCAGCCCUCGAUACAUUUUCACUAUGCUCAGCACUCUAGCGAGGAAGUUGUUCAACACCUUUGACGAGCCGAUGUUGAACUACCAGUACGAUGACAACCAGAAGAUCGAGCCCGAGUGGUAUAUUCCCCUCAUCCCCAUGGUUCUGGUGAACGGCGCGGAGGGCAUUGGGACCGGAUGGAGCACCAAGGUGCCCAACUACGACGUGCGCGAGAUCAUCAACAACAUGCUGAGGAUGAUCGACGGGAAGGACCCGCUCCCAAUGAACCCCUCCUACAAGAACUUCAAAGGGGACAUUGAGGAGUUGGAGGAGAACCGCUACGUGGCGAACGGCGAGGUGGCCAUCCUGGACAACAACACCAUCGAGAUCACGGAGCUGCCCAUCCGCACCUGGACACAGAACUACAAGGAGUCGGUCCUGGAGGUCAUGCUGCAUGGCACAGAGAAGACUCCCAGCAUGAUCACGGACUACAAGGAGUACCACACGGACACGACGGUUCGGUUUGUGGUCUCCAUGACAGAAGAGCAGCUGAUGAAGGCAGAAGCGGCAGGUCUGCACAAAGUCUUCAAACUACAGUCCAACAUUGCCAGCACCAACAUGGUUCUGUUUGACCACAAUGGCUGCCUGCGAACCUACAACAGUGUCCAUCAGAUCCUGCAGGAGUUCUUUGACCUGCGGCUGGAGUGGUACACCAAGAGGAAGGACUGGCUGAUGGGGAUGCUGGAGGCUGAGGCCAGCAAGCUUAACAAUCAGGCACGCUUCAUUCUGGAGAAGAUUGAGGGCAAACUCGUCAUUGAGAACAAGCCCAAGCGCGAGCUGAUCCAGAUGCUUCAGGCGCGCGGGUACGACAGCGAUCCCGUCAAGGCGUGGAAAGAGACGCAGAACGACAAGGACAAGCCUGAUGACCUUCUGGAUGUGGAGGAGGAGGAAGCUGAGAGCGUUGCCUCAUCGACAGCCUCCCGCGGCGGCCCCGACUAUAACUACCUGCUGGGGAUGCCGCUCUGGAACCUGUCCAGGGAGAAGAAGGAAGAGCUGCUGAAACAGCAGAGGGAGAAGGGGCAGGAGCUGGAGGACCUGCGACACAAGACUCCCAGCGACUUGUGGAAGGAUGAUCUCAACGACUUUGUGGAAGAGCUCGAGAGAGUGGAGCAGCAAGAGAAGGAAGAUGAACAAAACUCCGGGAAGAUCAAGGCUAAGGACCCGAAGGGGAAGAACAAGCGUCAAGCAGCGGUGAAGCACGAGUACAAGCCGUCCCCCGUAGGAAGGCGUGUCAUCCCGGUCAUCGACGCUGCCAUGAAGAAAGCUGCGGCCAGUAAAAAUGCUCAGGCCGAGAAGAAGAGAGUCAAGAAGGAGCAGGCAGGAGACAAAGCCUCGGACAUGGGUGACUCUAGCUUCGGGAAGGAUGAGGAUGAGUUUGGGUUCAAGGCAGCAGCCAAGGAGCUCACUCUGGCUGAGAGGGUGGCCAAGAAGACUAAGGGUGGACUAGGAGGAGGCAAGUCUAAGCAGUCCACUCUGAACUUCAAACCGUCCAAGAGGCCAAAGUGGCUGGACGAGGACUCGGAUGGGUCAAACGAUGACGGGCCUGACAUAGACAUGGACGUCGUUGUCGAACCGCGGGAGAAGGCCCCCAGAAGAGCUGCAGCUGCUACUAAGAAGUAUGCCCUUGAUGAUGAGAAUGAUGAGGUUGACAGCUGGGCCCCUUCAAGUGCUAAGGAUGAGGAUGACGGCUCCUUCAAGCUGUACAACUCUGACGGAGAUGACGAGUUCGCCCCCAAGCCAAAGAAAAAGGCAGCUCCCAGAAAACCAAAGGUACUUGAUAGUGAGGAUGACGACAGUGAUGACUUCGACCCUGAUCCAAAGCCUCAGAAAAAGGCUGCAAAGGUAACAAAACCGCCGCCAGCUCCAAAGCCCGACCCAGAGCCCAUGUUCGGUGACAGCGGCUCGGAGGCAGUCUCCAUUCCUGACAUCCCCGACUCUGAACCAGAGACAAGACCCAUGGACAUUGACUCAGAUAGAGAAAACCCUAUCACUAUCGACAGUGACUCCAGCAGUGUAGCCAUGGGGAAGACAAAGAAAGCACCUGCGAAGAAAGCAGCUGGAAACGGUAAAGCGCCUGCCAAGAAGGCUCCAAAGAAAGCCAAAGCACCAGAUGCCAGCCAACCCAGCAUCUUUGAUGCCAUCGUGAAGGCCAAGGCCAAGAAACCCGCUCCAAAAAGGAAGAAGGCAAUGUCAGACUCUGACUCAGAUGCACCUGCUGCAAAGCCAAAGAAAGCGGCAGCAAAGAAACCUGCGAAGAAGAAGGCAUUUGACGACUUCAUCAGCGACGAGUCUGAUGAUUCUGCCAAGCCAAAGAAAGCGCCAAAGAAGAAGUCCAAGAAAGCUGCGUACAGUGAUGAAGAUGAUGACAGCUUCGCCCCCGAAGACUUUGAAGCACCGGUCGCACCGCGGGCACGUUCUGGUCGCAACGCGGCUUCCAAAGCCACCAAGUACUGCUACUCCAGUGACGAGGAUGAAUUUGAAUAGACCUGUUAAGUGCCAUGUAUUAUUUAUUUCUUGGUCGUGCCUCAAGCAGACGUAUGAAACAAGGGUUGUCGUGUUAUUUUCUACGCAGUCAAGUUAUGAAACCCCUGCUUUGGGAAUUGGUUGUGUUGAUCUGAAAACAUUUUCUUGUAUCUUCAAGAGUAGCUUUUGGUAAAAGUAGUCAACAUAAGAGCAGUAGUAAGAUGCUGUUGUGACUACACACACAGUGUGGAAAAAAAUUCAUGUUUCUGUUUAAUGUUAAGAUGUCCUUUUUAUAUUCCGUAUUGUCUUGAAUUCUUGUUCCAGUAUUCUGUCGUUACCUUAAGAAACUUGUAGUUAUUUUUAUUGACUUUUGGAUAGCAGCAUGUUUUUCUGAAAUGUGGAAAUACUAUGUCAGAUAUAAAGUGUCAACAUUUACCCAUGAAGAAAAAACAUCUGAUACUGUAGUUGUUUACUGUAUGUGUUAGCUGUAAAGUUUGUUGUUUAUUGUGCACACAAUAGUGCAUAAAAGUAAUUUUGAGUGUGUUGUUUUUGUACCCUUUAAAAAGAACAGAACCUCUGAAAGAUGAUAAUGUUCCAUAUGAACUUCAUUAAGAAGAAAAGACAUUCUUAGCUGUUUCAGCCAUGUAUUGAUCUUAUAGCUUCUAUUUAGGGUUAGAGCUUCAUGAUUAGGGUAAGAAGUUGCCAAUAUUCCUGUCAGUUAACAUUCCAUUUCUUCCUAUUUGUGUAAAUAAAGGAAAAUAUUCCAAGACCUUUUAACAAAA